UAGAAAGGAAGGUCUUCUCGCAUUUGUGUCAUUUUCUUCUCUCUAAAAAAGGCUGCAGCUUAAGAGUCUGGUCCAGAGGGCUUCCUCGUUGGCCUCGCACUCUCCUCCUUGUUCUUUUUCUUUCUCUCGUUCCCUCUCACUUCGGUGCUCUGUGCCUACAGCUACUUGGCAGUGGGGGGGGUGGGAUCUGCACUUCAGCCUGGUUCUUCACGUAACACAGGGGCCAAAGAAAGUUUAAAGGAAACAAGACCCUGCUUAGGAAAAUAACCACCUCCACUACCGGGAGAGACCCAAGCACAGAGACAACGUUAAAGAAAGGAAGCGGAGGGGAAAAUAGAAGAGGAGGGUCAGAAGACAACAGAGCAUCUCUUCUCCCAUCCACACAGCUAUACGCGCUGCCCUCAUGGCUGAGUGAGUGGGUGAUCCCUUCAUCAACAGGUGCCUUUUUCCAGACGCUGUGACCCAUCCGUGCUUGUAGCCAUGAGGCUGGUGGCACACAGACAGUGGCUGGCACUGCUCCUGUUGCUGUCGGAGGUGUCAGCUCCCGUCUGCUGCGGGAAUGGGAGUGGGCAGAGGCGCGGGCAGGGUGAACGGCGGAGGAAGCUGCAUCGCGUGCAGCAUGGCCAGUGUAGCUACACCUUCAUCCUGCCUGAGAUGGACAGCUGCAGGACUAGGAUGGAUCCCUACAAGGGUGGCAAAGUUGUCCAGAGAGAUGCGCCCCCCGGGGAGGGAGAGUGGCCGACCCAGCGACUGCAGCAUCUAGAGACAGCCAUGGAGAACAACACCCAGUGGCUCCAGAAGUUAGAGACCUAUAUCCAGGAGAACAUGAAAUCCAAAGUGGUGCAUACUCAAGCUAAUGUGGUUCACAACCAGACAGCCACUAUGCUGGAGAUCGGCACCAAUCUGCUCACCCAGACUGCUGAGCAAACCAAGAAGCUCAAUGUCGUUGAGGCCAAGGUAAUGAACCAGACAUCAAGACUGGAGAUUCAGUUGUUAGAGCACUCCUUGUCAACUAACAAACUGGAGAAGGAGCUCCUGCUGCAGAUAACAGAGAUUUCGAAGCUUCGAGAGAAGAACAGUCGUUUGGAGAGUAAGGUGCUGGUGCUGGAGACUCAGCAGCGAACAGAGCUGGAGGACAUACGGGAAGAGAAGGAGAGGCUGCAAGACCUUGUGGGGAGGCAGUCAGCUGCCAUCACAGCUCUGGAGAGGCAGCUACGCACAGCCAGCAGUAACAGUUCUGCCCUACAGAAACAACAGCAACAGCUGAUGAAGUCCAUUCAUGCCCUCAUCAGCUUGGUGUCUGCUGGGACAGUGUCAGACUUCACACCAAGUGAAAGGAAGUUCAGAGACUGUGCUGAAGCCUAUAGGUCUGGUCUCAACACCAGUGGAGUCUAUCACAUUUAUGUUGGAGACAUGAUGGAACCCACAAAGGUCUUCUGUGACAUGGAAACCAGCGGAGGAGGCUGGACAGUAUUUCAACGCAGGAUCAACGGCACAGUAGAUUUCCAAAGAAGCUGGAAAGAGUACAAAAUGGGCUUUGGGGAUCCAGAUGGAGAGCACUGGGUGGGGAAUGAGGUAGUGCACCUGAUCACCAGGCAGACCCAGUACUCCCUCCGAGUAGAACUGAAGGACUGGGAGGGGAAUGCUCCAUAUUCUCUGUACGACACCUUCCAGUUGGCCAAUGAAAAGCAACAGUACAGACUUCUGUUGAGGGGUUACAGUGGCACGGCAGGGCAGCAGAGCAGCCUGGCCUCUCAUGGCACCAGUUUCAGCACCCGUGACUCAGACAACGACAACUGUCUCUGCAAGUGUGCACUAAUGCUGACUGGAGGUUGGUGGUUUGAUGCCUGUGGCCUAUCCAACCUGAAUGGCAUGUACUACACGGUGGGUCACAACAUCCGGAAGCUCAACGGUAUUAAAUGGCACCACUUUCGAGGCCCCAGCUACUCACUGAAGUCCACGACUAUGAUGAUCCGGCCGACCGACUUCUAAUGCAGCGUGCCCAUGAUCACAGCGUGGCGGUCUGGCCGUCAGGGAUAGCCGAAAGCUGAAAAUCAAUGUUCCGUAACAGAACUCUGGACCAAUAUGGUUGUGAUAAGCAUUUGGAAAGUGAAGUCUUUUGUAACAAAGAGUCUGUUACUUACUGGACAACUGAUCUUCUGUAAAGCAGAAAGUUACAGAAAGCAUAGUUAUCAGACUGAUAUUAAGAACUUAUAGCUCUUGUUCUCUCUCUCUCUCUCUCUCUCUCUCUCUCUCUCUCUGUCUGUCUGUCUGUCUCUCUCUCUCUCUCUUUCUCUCUCUCUCUCUCUCUCUCUCUCUCUCUCUCUCUCUCUCUCUCUCUCUCUCUCUCCUAUCUGAUGAUCUUACCCAAAAUGUGAGAAAUUCCCCUCUGCUCAUAUGGUGUCUUUGUGAGCUCAGCAAAAGCUGUUGUUACGACAACAUCAACAGAAAAAUAAAUCAUGCAACAUUGAACUCUUUGAGACAUGAAGAAUAUUACUGAUGCCACAUGUACUUUCUUAAGGAUGAUGGAGGUGAACUGAGCAUAUGGGAUUCAAGUGAUUAGAGACAAUCUGUAGAAAUUAUGAUGACCACUUUAUUUUAGAAACUGUCAUGCUCAAAUGGUGGUAUGGACAUGAUAAAAAAUGUAAGAAGGAUCCCCAUGUAUUGUUUUCAUGAUUUCAUGAUUUGUCAUUUACAGAUCCUAGUGGAUAUACAUUUUUAUACACUUUUUUUGUUUAAUCAGUGUUUAUAUUAACUGGAUGCAGUACAUCUCUUUCUUUUAGAAUCUUGCUAGAAUUAUAUAAAUCACUUGUUUGCCCCUUUGUGUGUGUGUGUGUGUGUGUGUGCGUGCGCGUGUGCGAAAGAGAGAGAGAGAGAGAGAGAGAGAGAGAGAGAGACACUUCCAGUUACUUGGUUUAUGCUCAUCAUUUUUGCUCAUCUUUCUGUGUGAAUGUGAAUUUUAAUGCCUCUUAAGAAUAGUUUUUUCCUGGUUUCACCAUCACAGUGUAAAAACUGCCAGUUGAACAAUUUGUGAAAAUGCACUUUAAAUGAAUAGUCUACUGUUUCUGAUGAAAUAUCUUAUUCAGUCAUAAUCAUGACAUGAACUAUUAAUGCAGUUAUGUGAGAUGAGUUAUGGUAAUAGUUACAAUAGUUAAAAUUAUUCCAGUUUUGUCAAUAACCUUGAAAGACGGUCAUCAGCUCAACAGCUGCAGUACUUCAUAAGUGUUUCACAGCCUGCACUGUUUUCCACAGUAUUCUGAAGGUCUGACUGAGGCACAUUCAAAAUCACUAAAGCAUCUCACAUCACAUUGCUCACUGCCCUAGCCUCCCACAUUCAAACUAAAUACUUCUGGACGUGUCAAAAAAACAGAAGUGUUCUCUUUUUACCUUCUUGUCUUCUUCCCUACAUUAAUUGUUUUCCAGUGUCAAAUAUUGAUUUUGCUUUUGUUGCUAAAUGAUUGGGUCUGAGCUAUACAGUAAAACAUUUCUUAUAUAAA